AUGGCUAAUUCUACGUCAUCACCGCCUCAGAGAUCUAGCUUAUCUUUGAGAAAAACAAACAAACCACUGAUGGAGAAGCGGAGACGUGCUCGUAUCAAUGAUAGCCUCACGCAGCUGAAAUCUUUAGUCAUUCAAGGCAGUAAGAAAGAUAGCUCACAGUUUAACAAGCUGGAAAAAGCCGACAUUCUUGAACUGACUGUGAAGCAUCUCCGCAAUCUGCAAGAGCAGCAGCAGCAACAACAGCUGGCUACUUGCAGGGACUCCACUUUAACUGGGAAGUACCAGGCAGGAUUUAUGGAAUGCGCCAAUGAAGUCAUCCGUUACCUUGGACAAACCCAAAGCUUUAGCGACGAUGUGAAAUCUCGAGUGGUCCAUCACUUAGCUAGCUGUAUUCAGCUCUCGAACAAAACAUCUUUCGCUAAGCCUUCACAGCCAACAAGUGUCCCUGUGACCACUUCAGUUGUGGCUACUGGAAUACCAACAACUGCACAGUUCACUAACGGACAGAUAAUCCAGGUUAUUAACAGCCAGUUUCAGAAUGUGAAAUCUACAAAUAUUACACAGACCAAAGUGUCACAACCAGUUCCUAUUGCUCCAGCUGUGUCAAGUUUACCAAUGACCUCAACAUCCAUUCCUGUGGUCAUCACGUCAGAUUUCACCAGCAGUGCAGCAUCCACGGCCUCCUCUCGGGUCAAAUUCACACAGCCUCUGCACAUCCAAAUCCCACCAGUUCUUUCUCCAGUCAUCAUCCAGUCCAAAGCCACACAGCACCAGAAGCCCCUGCAGCCUCAGGCCUUCCACAAAAUCCAGGACACGCUUCCGCAGAUCAGGUGCACAGCCCCACAAGAGACAGUCGUAUCCUCAUCUACAAUUUCUCCAGAAGCUCAUACCCCAUCCCCACCUAUGGCAGCGAAUCAUUCCUAUGUUUAUUACACCCCAGAAGACAACUAUGUCGAUCUCAUGCCAAGGUCGAGGACAUACUCCUUGACAUCAUCUGCAUCUUCAGACUCUGACUUAACUUCCCCACUGAAUCUCUCACAGUCGCCUCAUUAUUACGACCAGAAGGACAUCCACAGCUACUCCAGCGCACUGAACAAUCACUUUUCACAAACCUCCGUUGGCGGUAACACUUCACCUAGCCACAAUUUUCCCAGACACAUUUUGUACUCCAAGCACUUUCCUUCUGUUAUCGUUGAUGCGCGAAAGACAAUGGACAGCCACUCUUUGAAAUAUUUACACGCUAUGGAUGAAGACAGGAUGUGUUUUCGUCAUGAUGGUACUUCAUCUCCAGCUUCGUCUGUUGGGGAAGAAAGACUCUGGCGUCCUUGGUAA